AUGGCUAAAGUGGGUGAGCAAGACAAGCAGGACCCUGCUCCAGUCGAUGAGGCUGCACUAGGGCCUGUCGAGGGCGAAGUCGAAGUCCCGUAUAGUAUCUAUACUAGCAAAGAGAAAUGGAUCAUUGUUGGUAUGGUUGCCCUGGCAGGGUUCUAUAGUCCUCUUCCUGCAAACAUCUACUUCCCAGCUAUCCCAGCCCUAGCUCGCGCCUUUGGCAAAACAGUCGACGACCUCAACCAAACCGUCACCGUGUAUCUGGUCUUCCAAGGCAUCAGCCCCAUGCUCUGGGGCCCCAUCAGCGACCGCUUCGGCCGCCGCCUCGUCUACCUCGUCUGCCUCGGUAUCCUCGUCGCCUCAAGCAUUGGCCUGGCCCUCUGUCCCACCGACCAAUUCUGGCUUCUCCUCUUCCUCCGCUGCUUCCAAUCCGGCGGCAGUGCCAGCACCAUUGCCCUGGGAGCCGGCGUCAUCGGCGACAUCUCCACGAGCAGAGAGCGCGGCGGCUACUUUGGCAUGUUCAACCUAGGCCCCAUGCUCGCUCCUUGCAUCGCCCCUGCCAUCGGCGGCGCCCUAUCCCAAAGCCUAGGCUGGCGCUCCAUCUUCUGGUCCAUCGUCAUAAUGGUCGCCCUCUGCCUCCUCUUCAUCGCCCUCUUUCUCCCCGAAACCCUCCGCUCAAUCGCCGGCAACGGCUCCAUCCCCGUCCCCCGCAUCCAACGCGCCAUCAUCCCCAUUGUCGGCCAAAAAGCCACAAAAGAAGCUUUCGACCCGGAUACCCGCGCCAAAUCAAAACACUCCGUCAACCCUUUUGUCCUCUUUACCUACCCAGACGUCAUCGUCCUCCUCACCUUCACGGGUCUAGUCUACGCCGUAAACUACACCAUCACCGCCACAAUCUCCUCUUCUUUCGCGAAAAUCUAUCCCCACCUCUCCGAAACAGUCCUCGGACUAUGCUACCUCCCCGUCGGCGCAGGCAUGAUCAUCGGGUCUACUUUAACCGGCAAAAUGCUAGACUGGGAGUACGCACGUAUCAAAGCGCGGUGCGGCGAUAGCUUCACAAUUGAACAUGCCAGACUACGCAUCAUGCCGUUUUACCUCUCCCUCUUCAUCGUCUGCGUCGUAGCAUGGGGCUGGACCAUUCAAGCUACCGCGCACAUCGCUGUGCCGCUGCUCCUCGGCGUGUUGCUCGGCUGGACAUCGAUUGGCAUCCUCAACACGACUAUGACGCUUAAUAUUGAUAUCUUGCAAUCGCGGAGCUCGGGCGCCACCGCGUGUACGAAUCUCGUGCGCUGCUCGCUUGCCGCUAUUCUCGUCUCCGUUAUUGAUCGCAUGACGAGUCGCUGGGGCGACGGCUGGACGUAUACGUUUUGGGGCGGCGUGUGUUGUACGCUUUUGCCGCUGAUGCUGCUUGAGAUUAAGAUGGGGCCCAAGUGGCGGAAGGCAAGGGAGGCCAAGGAGAACGAGAAGGCAUAA